CAUUUUCCAGUCCCUGCUGCGUCCAUCCGCUUCCCUGCUUGGCCGAUUUGAUCCUGCCUGGACCCACUUUGUUCCUUGGCGGCAUCUUCCACGACUGUAUCUGUCCGUUUACCGAAAGCCAUGAACACCCUGCCGGCGCUGCCACCAAAAUCUGCGCUGAAGCGCACAAAUGGCGAGCUCGAACCUGAAGCCCAUGCCGAGGGCCGGAGAUCAUACUUUUUGGACGCCGUCCCCCCUGUCGCUGCCGACGACGACGACGAUGAUGACGAGGAGGAGGGCUCUGUCGCCGAGAUUCCCAUCGAGGAAUUCGAGGACAUCUCGGAUUCGGAAGGAGAGGAGACUCUCGAGAGGGCCGUCCGCAACAUCACCGAGCGCAACUUUUUCGGAGGAGCAGCAUCCAAUGUCGAGCCCACAAAGUUCACGGAUGUGACCGUGAGCCUGACGAAACGGCCAGAAGUCAUCGAUGACUACAUCCGCAACUUUUUAUCCAGCAAGGGGCUUCUCCUGUCGCUCGAGGCAUUCCAGAACGAAUGGUACGAAUUCCAGCAGAAAGGGAAGCUCAGCCCCGAGGACGUCACGAUCGUCCCUGACGUCUACCUUCGGAACCAAGAGCUUGCAGAUGCGCUGCAAAAGCUUCGCGUCGACGUCGAUAACUACAAGGAAAUCGCGACAAAGGCCAGAGCUACCUACGAUAAACUUCGAAAGGAGCGCGAUUUUCACCGAAUGCAUCACAAACGAGUCGUGCAGGAAAAGAACAAGCUCAUCUCCGAUAUCAAGCGACUCAAGAAGCACUACGAGGGCUAUGAGCCGAUGCUGAAGCAGCUCCAGCACAAGUACGAAGUGGCCAUGAAAGAGAAGAUGCUCACCAAGCUCGAGCGGGACCGGCUUGCUGGUCGGAGUACGGGGAUCGAGCAAACCAAAAGCAAGGAUCGUGCCCGAAAGAACUCAGCCAAGGACGCCAAGCAGAGGCUCGAAGCAUCCUCUCCGACAUCGAGCGCCACCGGAUCGAUCUCAGAUGCCAAGCCGGCAGCCAGUCGGUCCAAGCCGAGCAAGGAGUCUGUUCUGCCCACAGAAGAUCGGAUCAACCCGCAUCUGACGGUCGACUACAUCCCCACGAAGAUCGAUCGCCUGAAGCAGGUUCAUGUCAUCAAAGCGCACAGCAUGGCCGUCAGCGGUGUCAAGUUCCAUCCACGAAAGCACAUCCUAGCAACCGUGUCUGACGACAAGUCCUGGAAGAUGUUUGCCUUUCCUUCCGGCGAGCUCAUCAUGUCGGGCGAAGGGCACAAGGACUGGAUCGGCGACUGCGACUUUCAUCCGCGUGGAACACAUCUGGCCACGUCGUCGGGCGAUGGCACGGUCAAGAUAUGGGACUUUUCAAAGGGACUGGCGACAUUGACGCUGUCGGACCACACCCAAGCCGUUUGGGGCUGCGCCUUCCAUGACACUGGCGACUUUUUGGCGAGCUGUUCAAUGGAUCAUACGGCAAAACUCUGGGAUUUGCACACUGGGAAGUGCCGACAGACUUUCCGAGGCCACGCCGACUCGGUCAACCAUGUUGCUUUCCAGCCCUAUUCGAACACCAUCGUCACCUGUAGUGGCGACAAGACGAUCUCGCUGUGGGACUGCCGAACAGGACUAUGCUCGCAGACAUUGUAUGGCCACAUGAAUGCCAUCAACUCGGUGAUUUUCAGCGCCAAGUCCGAUCUCGUUGCGUCGUGUGAUGCCGAUGGCGUUGUCAAGUUUUGGGACAUCCGGAACGUCUCGGAGCUGGACACGAUUGACUUUGGCCCUCAUCCAGCUAACAAGCUCACGAUCGAUCCAGCAAGCUCUGCGCUUGCCGUGGCAAGCAACGAUGGCAACGUGAAGCUAUUCAACAUCCGAAACAAAACCGUGUGUCAGGACCUGGUGGCCCAUGAUGACGCUGUCCAAGCCAUUUCGUUUGAUCGGACGGGCGAGUUUCUGGUCACUGGCGGAUCCGAUUGUGUCGUCCGAAUAUUCCAAUGAAGCAACUGGACAGGACGGGCCGGGUCCAGCGGUCUCUUCCACUUGGACAAAUGAUGGAAUAGAUGGCGCUUGGCAGAUGGCCGACGGUACAUUUAGCGCCUGUCAACGCCGGUUGCGUCCAUCAUAUUCAGCGACCAAGGCCGAAGUGGCAGUGCAAGACAACCACACAAUCUGCACAGUCCGAACAGUGGCUCAAGAUCAGAACGGCCACACGGUCUGCACAGUGGCUCGGGGUCAAAGUGGGGCCACAGCGGUGAUAUCGGCCG